ACAACACACACAUAUGCAUGUACACACACUUGUAGGAAGGGAAGCAACACUAAAUCAACCUUCUUGUGUAACAACCAGGUGGGGCAACAGCUGGUGCAAAACUACAUCAGCACGUCACUCCCAAAACCUCAGCAGCAUGUCAAGAAAACCAGCAUGACAUCAGUACCAUACAGCAGGCAAAGGGCCAAUCUGUCUUAACCACACAGGCAUUAGAUUAAAUACGUAGCACACUUGAGCAGUUUAACAAGACACACCUUUAAACUAACCACCAUCUAAAUGUUUUUGGUGUUUGCAUUGCCAAAGGAUAUUUGUUCAGUUUUUUAGACUACUACUUCAGUUGCAUUUGGUCAUAAAUAUUUCAGUUUUACAUUUACUUCUUGCACAUUUUCAUCUUUCCCUUCCUCAGUAGCUAGCAAAUAUCCACCAGGGUGUAACUCAUUGUGUAGACUGUCUGUCAACACACUUGUUAAUGCAUGGCUGCUCACUCUAAAAACUAGUUAUUACAUAUUCUAACAACAAUCGUGGCUAAAAAGAUGUGGUAAAACAAAUGCGACUUUGUGUGUAUGAAGGUAAGCUUACGGAAAGAAGAGAACAUAAUGAUAACGGUUUUCAAGUCUGAAAAUACUCAGCUCAUGUGUCUAAAAUAAUUGAUACAUUAUGGUGGUGUAAUGAUUCCGUGCAUUGCCUAAGAAUGCGCCUUACAGUUUCAUUUACAAUUAGUUAAAACCUUAUAAAUAUAGAAAAUCUCACAUGUAGUCUCACAUAAAGAACUACUUCAAAAAUAAACAAUGGACCAUUUCAGAGUGUUUUGUCAGUAGCAAAAUUAACAAAAACAAUGUACACAAUAAAACCCAAUGUAGUGACAAAAACACAAGCUGUCACCUCAGCUUAACAACCACAGCACUGCCUAUUGCAACAAUACACAUGGUCAAUAAUUUUUUUUUACUGUGUUUAAAGGAGAACCUUGUGGGGGAACAACAUGAUACAAUAGUCAACAGUGUUGUGCCCCUAAAAUCAAUAAACUAAAUGUAAAUGCUGCUGAAAAAUAGCCACAAGGCAAUCAAAUUUCAUUGACCAUGCAGGUAUAGAGGAGACGGGUUAAGAUACAGAGAGAAGGAGGCGAGGGAGAUAACAUAGUCUAGUGAAUAGAAAGGCACUGGAUUAACCUGUGUGUGUGUGUGAGAGAGAGAGAGAGUAUUUCUCAUUAACAAGAGAUUGUAAUCACAUAGUCCAAUGGUCCCAUGGGACUUGAGGGAUUCUUGUUUCUGGUAAAUGCACUAUGCUUGCUUGCUCAAAAAGCUUUAGUGGGUGUGUGGAUGCAAGUGCACAUGUGCCAGCCAGUACACAAGGUCUUUAUUUGCAUGGUAGCAUUAAGCAAUCCAUAAUACAUGCAAAUAGUAUUCAGAAUGUGUCUGGUAAAAUGAAUAAAUAUUUAUUUGUGUAAAUAUAUCGCAUAUGAUAAUUAAUCCAGUCUCUUUUCAUAUGUAAUGCAUCACACCCAAACUUUCCAAGGGACUUUGGCUUUGCCGUAAUUGGUAACAUUUCCUGCAUCAGACAUCCCACAUUAUUACUGUCAGUUAAUAAGAUCGCAUGCAAGCAUAUGCACACCCUCUAGGGUGGUAACCAUAGAAAUCAUGGUGGUAACACAGUCGUAGUAUUGUUUGACACCUGAGGGUGAUGAUGGCAGAAUGACAACUGUGUCAAAUAGAGUGACAUUUGUCAUCUCCUGUGGGGAAAAAGCUGUUAUUGAGUGUGUCACUGCUGUAUGGAAGCAGGGUGGCACAAUCUCCACACAGCCAAAUACAGCAUUUGUUACAGUACAAGCAACCAUUCAUAACAUUAUUCUGAUACUAUACAAACAUGCACAGAUGUACAGUAUGUUGUUGCACACAACUAGAUAAUGGAGUAAACAAACUGAGAAAUGGGUGUGUGAAUUGUCGAAUGGGUGUUAUUUCUUUGUGCAAUCAUUUUCUCUCUACCUGUAUUUAAAAAAAUCUAUUUCACCAGUGAUUGCUGCAUUUUCUUCUUUUAACAGAGACAUUUAAAUAUCUGUAAUAUCGCUAUAUACCUCACUGCCUAGGUGCUUGACCUAAUUGUAGCAGUAGAGAGGAAGAAAUUAUUAGGAUGCGACUCCAACCCAUUAUCCUGUCGCUGUUACACCAGAGAUGAGUUGACUUGCCUUCUAGCAGGAUGUCUCACAUUGAGACCUUGUGUUACCUUUUGUCCCACUGUUUCAGCACAUCACUGCUCCCUGAUACAGCAUGUUACAUGUAGCUCCAGGCACAGAUAGCAAGAUUUCGCAUGAGCCAUUAAUUCUUCACGACAUUCGGAUGGAAAAGCCUGACAUUGUCUCAUCAGAUCUACUGCUGUGAGGUCUGGAUGUCACUGGUAAAGUGUUAAUGGGGUAGUCAUUGUGUUAUCCUUGACCAAAAAUACUACACUACCCAGCAAGUGAGGGCAGCAAAGGUGUGAAUGUGUGUGUGCAUGUGCAAGCUGCGAGUAGUGUUUAGCAAUGACUUAUUUAGUAGUCUGUAUAGUGCAAUCUUUGCAAACAUUCAGACUCGGGCAUAUAUGCAUGCAUACACACACACGCACGCACACAAACCUGGCAUCUUAUUUUACCCAGGUAGAUGUUGGAGUAGUUGAUCUGGCGGUGUUGUGCAGAAAAUGCAGAAAGUUGCUUCUGUGACCUGAUUUCCUAUGACAGGAAUUACUCGAGCAUGCACUACACACACAUACACACACAUCCAUCUCCCAGUCUCUGUCUUCCUCUCGUUCUCUUUCAAGCUUGCUCUGCUGCUCCUCUUCAUUCAGUACCCUCGCAAAAUGAACCUCACCUGCUUCUCACGUUCUUUUAUCCCUUCUCCACAUGCCCAUGUUUGACAGCAAUGGGAGAUAACAGCUAAAAACCUCCCACAGAAAAUGCAACAUGCUGUAUAACCUGCAGAUGUGUGAGCACCGUGGCACAUAUUUCUAAAAUGUGUGUCACAAUCCGGCUUUAGUCACACACUGCACACCCCAUUAAGCUGUUUUACAUACGUCCAUAGUGUGCAAUAGUGUGUGUGUGUGUGCAGUCUUUCUUGCUAUCUCAAUUUAUCUUUUUCUCUUUCUCUUUGGUCUGCUGUUUUUCCCAACUUCUCUCUCCCAUCUCUCUAUCUCCUCUCCUCUACUCGUGAAAAUCCUCUUUUUAAUACAAAGCUUAGGUAUUCAUAUAUGCAAAUCAGCCUGAAAGCACAAAGUCAUAGAGACUGCCCUACAGACCCACUGACACUGUAAGCACAUAGUGCAUGUGGCAUCACUUAACACUGUGUGUGUGUUGGAGCAUGAUAAACACAUGGUAGAGUGUGUGUUAAUGCACUGGUCUCAAGCCCUACCGUUCUAAUAAACUACACUUAUCUGUAGUUAAUUUGUGGCCAGUUUAAGACCAUUGAUGAGCACUUAACCUGUCACCGCACCAAAAGCCGCACUGCAGCUGCUUCUCUUUCUCUCUCUCUCUCUUUAGCUGUCCUUCUAUCCAAUUUAACGCUCUCUUCUCUCCCUGUCUCUAGACCAUCUCUUGCUUAUUUUUCUUUCUCUGUCUCCCCCUGCUGUAUCUGCAGUUCCUCCAUUUUCCAUUCCUAUCUAUAGCCUUCUGUUUUCUCCAAUUACCUGCCUUGCUUUCUCUCUUUAUCGCUCUCUCCAUGGAUAGUCCAAAGAGGUGUACAUCCUUAUGAGUCACUGCGUGUGUGUGUGUGUGUGUGUGUGUAUGUGUGAUAGAAGGAGACUGGGAGGGGGGUGUGUAAGGAGGUGAAGAGCAUUGCGUCAUUGGGGGUGUGUUGAGCGGGAGGUGGGUUGAGCCAGCUGUCAGUCAGUGACGCGAGUGGAGCACGUGCAUCGGUCAUGGCUGGGAAGACGUUGUGCGGCGGUUAUCUGGCUGUAGGCGAGAGCUAGAAACAGCCGCAGCUCCCCUUGCCGACGGGUUGAUCGAGGGAGUGAAUGUCUGUGUGUGUGUGUGUGUGUAUGUAUGUAUGUGAGUCUGGGUCUGUGCGCAUGUAGAUGCUGCAUGGGCUGCAACCGGAGCUGCUGCUGCUGUUGGUGAAUAAUGCAGAUAGGGGAAUAGAGUUUGGAUAGCAUGCAGGGAGCCAGAUUAAUAAUGCAUCCUGUUGGGUUACAAGCUCUGCAUUAGUUAGUUUUGCUGGAACCUGUAGCUGCCUACUGUCUGCCUGCCUGCCUGCCUGCCUACCUGCCUGACUUACUGACUCCCUGCCUACCUUUCUGCCUGCCUGCCAGCCUUUCUGCCUGACUGGCGGACUAUCUGACUUACUCAGAAAAUGUCUCACUACCAUUUCAUCAAAUGCUGUUGUUUCCAGCUAUGUAAUGUCUUUCGUCAGAACAUGGAGAUAGACCAGUGUCUGCUGGAGUCUCUCCCCAUUGGCCAGCGCCAGCGGCUGGUCAGGAGGAUGCGCUGUGACCAAAUAAGGGCGUACUACGAGAGGGAAAAGAGCCUUCAGCGCCAGCAAGGUGGAAUCAAGGUUCGAGCCCCACCCACCCACCGUAAGAAGCACCACGUCUGCUUCAGCAUCACCGAUGUCGUACAGGAUGCCAUCAUUCGCCAUGACGACAAAGAAGUGUUGCGUCUCCUGAAGGAGGGAGUAGACCCCAACACUCCCAUUUCUUCUGGAGGAUCCUUGCUACACCUGUGUGCUCGCCAUGACAAUGUGUUUGCGGCAGAACUUCUGAUUGAGCGAGGCUUGAAUGUCAACCUACAGGACGAAGACCUGUGGACAGCCCUGCAUGUAGCGUGUGUGUGUGACCAUGCAGAUGUGGUGCUGCUGCUGCUGCUGGCGGGGGUGAAUGUUCUGCUGCAGGACGUCAACGGAAACAUUCCUCUGGACUACGCUUCCGAGGGAACUGAGACCAGCUACAUCCUCCGAAAACACCUGGCGGAAAAUGGCGUGGAUGUGUCAUCCAUGCACACCAUGAAGACUCAGAGAUCCAGCACAAUGCUGUCUGAUGUUAAACAGCUCGUAACCACAGGGGGAAGUCUCAACCAGCCCAAUGAUGAUGGGGUCACUCUGCUCCACAUAGCUUGUGCCAGUGGUUAUAGAGAGGUGGUGUCUGUGUUGUUGGAGAGUGGGGCGGACCAUCAUCCUGCUGACAACAACUUUUGGACCCCUCUUCACCUGGCUGCUAAAUAUGGACAGACAAGCAUCGUUAGCCAGCUCCUGAGGCACGGAGCAAACCCAACUCUGUUGAACUGCAACCAAGACAAGCCCUCAGACAUUGCUGUGUCAGAGCCCAUAGCUGAUAUGCUGCUGAAUGCAGAGGAGAGCUGGCUGCAGAGACUUUCGGACCCCUCCGCUCCUCUACCCUCCACUGACCAACGCUAUGAUGGUGGUUCACACGAUCUCAACACUCCUGUCAAGAACAUGAACCCCCUGGGUCUCUCUAUCUCUAAGCGAGACAGUCUGCUGGAGAAGUGUGCCAUGUUCAGAGAGGCAGGUGGAGCACUGAGCCGACAGCCCUCCCAGGACAAUGGCCUAGAUGGCCCCUUUAGCUCUGGAACCAGCAAACUGGAGCAGGUCAAGUUGAUGCCUCCAGCUCCCAAUGACGACCUGGCAUCCCUCAGUGAGCUGACUGACAGCAGCCUGCUCUACGAGAUGCAGAAGCGCUUUGGCAACGACCAAAUCUAUACUUACAUUGGACACAUCCUUCUGCUGGUCAAUCCAAACAAAGAGCUGCCCAUCUACUCCACUUUGGUGAGUCAGCUGUACUUGAGCUCCACAGGUCGUCUGUGCUCCUCUCUGCCACCCCAUAUCUUCUCCUCAGCAGAAAGAGCUUACCACAUGAUGCUGCAGGAGAGACGCCCACAGUGUUUCAUCUUGAGUGGUGAAAGUGGUUCUGGGAAAACAGAAGCCUGUAAGCACAUAGUGAGACACCUGACAGCCCGCUCCAGCCCCAAAGGCUUUGCACUGGAGCCCAGAAUGAAACACGUUAACUGUAUUCUGGAGGCCUUCGGUCAUGCAAAGACUCUGAGGAACAACAACUCAAGCCGCUUUAUCAAGCUGUUGACCAUCCAAUACUGUGACAAGAGGAGGACACUGGCCAGAGCCCGUGUCUACACCUACAUGCUGGAGAAGUCUCGUCUGGUCCACCUGCCUCCUAACCAACACAGCUUCAGCAUCUUCUAUCUGAUGGCUGAAGGCCUGUCGCCUGAGGAGAACAGCGCACUUUACCUCAACAAUGUCCUGGCUCAUAGGUAUCUUAGUGGAGGACUUCCUGGGGAGAACCCUCCAGUAGCUACAGCCUCUACCCAGAGCAGGGAACGUCUUGCAGCAGUCAAACAAGCCCUGCGAGCCCUGGGCUUCAACAAGCAGGAGGUUGACUCAGUGUUUAUGCUGCUAUCCGCUGUGCUCCAUAUUGGGGACCUCCGUUUUACUGCAUUGACAGAUGCCGACACAGCCUUCCCUUCUGACCUGCAGCUGCUGGAGAGAGUUUCUGGAAUGUUGCAGGUGUGCUCCAAUGACUUAAGCACCGCCCUCACCUCUGACAUUCAGUACUUCAAAGGUGACGUGAUCACUCGGCGCAAUACAGUGGAGAUGUCAGAGCAGUACAGAGACCAGCUCGCGAAGGCUAUCUAUGGACGCCUCUUCAGCUAUCUGGUCAACAGUACCAACGACUACCUACAGGGACAGGAUGACAGCAUUGGUGAUCCUGCCUUGGAAAUUGGGAUCUUGGACAUCUUUGGGUUUGAAGAAUUUCAGAGGAAUGGAUUUGAGCAGCUGUGCGUGAACAUGACCAACGAGCGGCUGAGACAGUACGCCUCUGAAGUGCUAUUCCAGCAGGAGCAGGCUGAGUGUCUACAGGAGGGCAUCGCCAUGGAGACCCCGCGCUCCCCUGGCAACCAACCAACCGUUCUAGACUUCUUUCUUCAGAAGCCUCAGGGACUGCUGUGUGUGUUAGAUGAGGAGAGCCAGAGCCUGCGGCCAGCAGAGCAGACCCUGUACAAGAGGUUGUCAACCCAGCUGAACUCCAGUCCGACUCACGGCCUCUCUCUGACAACCAAGGAUGGCAAUGGAAACCCUCCACCCAAAGAUCAGGGCCCAGCCUUCACUGUCAGCCACUAUGCUGGACAGAUUUCAUAUGACCUCACAGGAUCACUCACAAGAAACAAGGACUCCCUUCCUCAGAAUCUCUUGUUUACGAUGAAAUCCAGUGAAAGUGUGUUACUGCAGCAGCUCUUCCAGUCCAAGCUGACUCAGACUGGUUCUCUGGUGCCAGCAGCCCACGGCCGUGCUGGGCUGAGAGGGCCUAAAGCUGCCCUGUUGCUCCACAGGAUGCCAUCAGCCUCCCUUGUCACUGCCAACACUGUCCCCCAACAGCCCCGGAGGUACCAUGACCUUACCAAGAUCUUGAAGAAGAAAGGCUCAAGCUCCUUCCUCCAACAGCUAGAGCGUUGUGGGCCCAUCACAGUGGCUAUCCAGCUGAGGAACUCGCUGUCAGAGGUGAUCAGUAAGCUGCAGGCUUCCACUCCUCACUUUGUGGAGUGUGUGCGCCCCAAUGUCAGUGGUCAGCCAGACAGUUUCGACAGCUUCCAUGUGUCUACCCAGCUGCAGUACAUCGGGGUGCUUGAGAUGGUGCGCAUGAUUCGUUAUGGAUACCCUGUCCGCCUGUCCUUCCCAGGCUUCCUCAGCAGAUAUAAAGACCUCGUGGUCCCAACUUUGGAAGACAAAAAGAAAUUGUCACCAGAGGAGAGAUGUCGCACAGUUCUGCAACAGUCCAAACUCCAGGGAUGGCAGAUGGGCAGCAGUAAAGUGUUUCUGAGAUACUGGCAGGCAGACCAGCUCAACGACCGCUGCUACCAGUUUCAUAAAAAGAUCAUCACGUGUCAGAAAGUGGUGCGUGGCUGGCUGGUCAGACAGUGUGUUCAUCGCAGGCUGUCAUUACAGCAGAAAGAGGAGUGCAGUGUGCAGUGUUUCCUGCAGGGGGCAGAAGACAUGGGGCUGCGAACCUACGACCAGUUGGUCAUUCAAAAUGCAUCCGACAUCGCGCGAGAGAGCGACCGCCUGCGCUGCCAUGGCAGCAGCCUUGUCAACAGUAUUGUCAACAGCCUUAGCAAUAGCCCACCACUCGGUGAGAGGCCUGAACCGGUGGGCAAGGAGGAAGAUCAGCCCACCAGGAGGGUUGUGGAGAAAAGUGGGAAAAUCUAUGAGGGUCCUCUCAACGGGGGCAGUCGAGUAAUUCGCCACUUUCGGUCUAGCUCAGUACCCAUCCCCAUCGCCAUGGAGAACAUGGUCCAUUCUUCUGCCAGUCCAUCCAUCAAACCAGCCCUGCAGCAGGUAGCUCAUACCAACGAGGACGGGGCAGGCGGGGGAGGUCUUUCCUCGCCUCGGAAGCAACCUCCUCCCAAACCAAAGAGGGACCCCAACACUCGUCUGAGUGCAUCUUAUGAAGCAGUUAGUGCAGGGUUGAUGAUGGCAGCCAAAGAGAGCCCCACUCCAGAGGGUUAUAGUUCGCCAGCUGGAAGCCCUCCUAAAUCCCAGCUGUCUCCCACAGACCCUGCAGCCUUGUCCAAGCCCCGUCCCCACAGUGAUGACUACACAACCAUGAGGAAGGUGCCACCUCCAAAACCUAAGCGCAGUCCCAACACUAAGCUGACGGGCUCAUAUGAGGAGAUCAACGCUGUAGCACCCCACAUCCACCAGCUGCGCCCUGCUGAUGUAAAGCUGGCCUUGCUGUCCCGUGCUGGGGGGUUUGGAGGGUUUGGUGGUUUGAUGCAGAGAGCAGCCUCUGUAGAUGCCCCACAAGGGGUAGGACUGAGCCUGUACCAGGGCCAAGACGAAGAGGACGUGUACAUAGAGAUGUUGGGCUCCCAGCCACGGGCUCGGAGCCUCCAGGAGCCCCCUGAUAGCCCAGAGCAAGCUGACUCAGAGGCCGUCUAUGAGGAGAUGAAGUAUUUCCCUCCGGAAGAUGGUGGAACUCCUGCCGCUGUGGUUACCAAGGCAGCCAAACGGGAGGCUUUAGGUUUGGGCCUGGUGGGAUUAGGAACAUCUCCUCCUCAGAAUGGGGAGACCAAACGGAUGUCAGCAGGAGUGGCCGCUGCCAUGGACAUCACACACUCGCAGAGCACAUCCAACAGCGGAGCUCCCAAAACUCAGCACGGCAAAGAUGGCAGCUGUGACAUACCUGCUCCCUUCCCCAACUUGCUUCCCCACCGUCCACCUCUCCUAGUGUUUCCCCCCUCCCCCGUCACCUGCUCUCCUGCUUCAGAUGAGUCACCCCUCACCCCACUAGAGGUAAAGAAGCUGCCUGUGUUUGAGACAAACCUGAACUAUGCUACUGGCCCAGACAGCCCCCUGUCCCCGCAGUAUGCCCGCCAGAGGGCUGACUCCUCCCCUAGCCUCACUGUCCUCAUGCCAGAGAAGAAGUCUACACCUCCACUCACCCCUCCACCUCCACCUCCUCCCCAUGCCCCGCCUCCCCCCUACAGACCUCCUUCACACUUCCCCUUCCCCCCUGAGGCCAACUUCCUGGCUCUGACGCGAGCAGCAUCUGUCACAGGGAGCUCGGACUCCCCCAAAACCUCAUCCUCUCAAAGGGCAAGUGGGGAACCACUUGGGAAGCCACCUCCCUACUCCCCAGUGAAAAUGUCUCGUGCUGAGCCUCGGAGAGCACACUCGUGCUCCUCCUCUCCCCUGCUGUUCAACCCAGCCAAUGGCAGACCGCUGACCAGCCCUCUGGAUGAGCUCAACACUCUGUUCAGCUCUGGACGCAGCCUACUGAGGAAGUCCACAUCUGGUCGCAAGAUGAGAGAUGGAGGAUUCAAUAUCAAUCUGCCAGGAAGGGAAGAUUGUGGCUCUGCCCCAACCUCACCAUCUCUGCAGCUACAGGACAAGAACGCCAACAACCACUCUCCUCACACCCCAAGCUCUGCCCCUGUAGAGAAUGGCAACCAGAUCUCCAACGGGUCGCUGGAGGAUGAGAGUCACAGCAAGUCAAACUCCUCCAGCUCCACCUCUCUGCACAGACACAUGGACAGCCAUCAUACUCAGGUGUUCCAGCGGUUACGUCUGUCCAACAGGGAUGAGAAUGCCACCCUUGGGGAGCUUCUGCGAUGGCGGCGAGUGCAGUGUGAGGGGCAGGGUGACUGGAAGCACCGUCCACCUCAGUCCCCACACCUGCCCCCCACGCUGCUCUGGACCAACAGGAAGGCCUCUCCAUGAAAGAGGUUGUGUGAUACAGUCAUAUGUAUCAGCUAUGAAGUUCCUCCCUCUCUCUCUAUUCAGCCACACCCACACAUGCUCUUUUUUUUUUUUGUAUGCGGACCAAGUAACCUCAAUGCCCAGGUGCUAGGUUAAAGCUCCAAGCCCCAAAGCGUGAGCCUCGUCCCUGGGCUGAAGGUCCUGCCUCUGCACCUUUGACCUCGACUGUGGAGGAUUCACAAACCUAUAUGAUAGAAGCUCAGCACUCUGUGACGCGGACUAGUUUUAUCUAUGAAAAAUUAGUGGAAAGCAGACACAGUGGAGGUUCAUGGGGAGCUGCUUUUUUGUCUUUAACAAGACAGAAAAAUAAUGAUCACAUUAUUAUUUAUUUUCAGUUCCUCUGAGACAAAAUGUAAGAUGAGGCUGAAUUAAAGAGCAGACUAGCAGUGUUUUCAUAGUAGAUAAUAAAUGGCCCUUUUAGUCUGUCUGUCUGCCUAUCGUGUUGUUCUGCUGCACUCAAAGGAGCUCCACCCCAAAACAUGGUGCUGAUUAUACUUGAUGUGCUGUCCUGUGAUGUUUCCAUGAGUGCUUGCAUGUGCAUCCCCGAGUCUCAGUCCUCUCUGAAGUUUACAAGUCAGCCAACGCCUUCGGACACAGUUUUUAGCAUCAGUGUGCUGGCUUAGACAUGGGAAAUUUUCAGGUACGCAGCUCUCACGUUUGGGCUCUAAGUGCUACUGUAGCCCUGGCAACGAGAAACCAGGGGUCAGGGUAACCUCAGUAUAAUAUCCCAAGGUGCACUUCUCUUCCCCAUUGUUACCACCAGCCUUUGAGGAACACAAACCUCUGGCCAAAAUGCAAACUACUGCACUAACCUUUACUAGGAAAAUGGGAUUCAACAAAACCCUGCUUUGGUUUAAGGUAUAAAGGUAAAGCUAAAAUAAUAUAGCUUUAGCUGACAGGUAUAUAGUUCAUGUUGUGAACAUGAAACUCUGUGCCAAAGUGACAUAACUUAGAUACGUCUAAAUUAACAAGUAGAGUUAUAAAAACACAUGUAUACAGUAGUCCCCAUAUACUGAUAUGUAUAGACUGACAUAAAUGACCAAACCAUAGCUGUUACCGCGGUUCAGUGGUGAUUCAAUGGACCGUUUUUAAAUAGAUCAAAAGAACAUGUCGAAAAGAGGGGGGGAAAGCAACAGUCUAUACUUGAAAAGUAGCGACUUAACUCUCAUUGUGUCUCAUCAACACCUGAACAGUUUCAUGAGUUCAGUGUUGUUCAGGAGACUGUGCAGAGCUCAGGAACUCACGCACAGAUGAACUCGAUUAUUGUACAGAUUCCUCCACCGUGGGUGUGUCCGCACAGACGCCCAUUCCCUUCCGUGUCCUCCCUUCAUCUCCUUUCCCCACUUGACCCUAACACACACACAGACCCUUUUCCCCCAUUUGGUCUUUGACCCUCCCCCCACGUUCCUAAUGGAUCAAACCGGCUCUACGGGUGUCUCCAUGGUAAACGCUCUGUAAAUAGUGACCAGUGUUGUAUGUUCUAGCUUUUACUAUAGCAGAUAAGCACAGAGAUUGAAAUGAAAGAAGAGGAAGAGAUGAGAUAAUACUGUCUAUGAUGGUGAAACUGAGAUUUAAGAAUGUCUUGGGUUAGAUGCAAUGACUGAGGUAAAGAGAAGAGGUUUAUUUUAAAAUGUGAAUAUCUUUUUUUCAGAAUGAUUGUUUAUGGCUAUGAAAUUCUUUAUACAAUAUUUAAUAUUAUUUGUUUUUGUCCCUCUUGACUCUGUUGUUCUGUUCCUAUGAUGCAACGCAAAUGUUUUCAUUGUAUAUGGAUGUUUUAUUGCACAAUAUUUAUGUGGUGUUGUGUUGACUUCUGUAAUGGGCUGGGUGUGUCUCAACAAGCUGUUGAAGGUCGUCCUGAAUUGUUAGAGCCACAAAGUAUCAAUAGCUCUAACUGAUUUCUCAUUCCCACUGAUCAACCACGAUGUGUCUGAGUGAUUCAGCCUUACAAAUUAGCACCACCAUCACAGGAUCGAUCUCAGCUGCUGUCGGUGCAGGUGCACAAAUAUUCAAGAGGAAUUAGUGGAGAUCACUGAUAUUCACAACAGAGAUGGCAAAUCAGCUGAGCUGCAUUUUUGACUGACUGGCUGAAUGUAUAAAUGCAACAUUUUCUUUCACUGCCUGACACCUUGUGUAUCUUAUUACUGGAACAUGCACCUGUAUCUAAAAAGUGUACCUGACUGCUUAAUGUGAUUAUUGUCUUUAGAAGUUAUGUAUGCAGUUAAUUUAGUUUAAAGCAAGUUAAUAACGAUGCAGCAUUUCUGAUAAGUGAUUGAUUUGCUCCAUGAUUCACACCUCGUGUGCUGUGAUUGUGGUUGCAUGAGUGCAUUGCAGAACUAUGUCAGACAUUUUCAUCCUAGUAUGAUUCAGCUUAUUCACACAAGGAUUUAAAUCUAACUGUGAUCAAACAAAAUAGAAAGGUCAAGCCAAGAACCAAGAUCAGGCUAGUCAACUUGCCAAUGCCAAUGAAAGACAAUUUAUAGCCUCUGUAUUGGUCCUUCAUUAUGAUCAAUUAGUCAUGUGCAUUAUGGUUUUGUGUAUUACCAUGUUUACUGAAAUCAUGAAAUGAGGAAGAUUAUUUGUUUUUUAUUGUCUUUUAAAGCAUAUCAGUGCUUUUUACCUUGCAUGACCACAUGUUGGGCCUGGCCCCCUAUAACAUGCUCAUGCUGAAAAGACAAAAAUGGCUGUCUAAUGUCAAAGAACUGCUUCCCACUGCACUGUGAAUCACUGCACUGUCCCCUGUCUGUCAUCUAAACACUCGUCAUCCAUUUACAUCCACCUUUAACUGGACCGACCUGCGCACAUAUCAGCUCCAUCAUAUACAAUCUCCGAUGACCUAGCUCAGUCUGUCGUUAAGCAUUACCAAACUCUGGCAGCGAGAUAACUGCCAGUCAUCGUUGUUAGUCAGGAAUCUAAAAAUCCUUUGCUCUGAGAUCAGCUCUCUGGUGCUAUAGCCAGUGCAGAAUGGCUGUUUUAUUGUCCCCAGUCCAUGUAUAGUUGUCCUGAGAGACACAAUAUUUUAGCACCUAAACAAGGGUAUCUCACUGCCUUUCAUAGUGUUGUUUUUUUAUUGUAGUUUUUCUUUUGUACAUGACAUACAGUAUAUUUUAACCUGCAUACAUAUGUGUUUGUGGAAAGAGAAAAGAUCGUAUGUGAUAUUUCAUAAUUAUUAUCUUCCCAAUGUUUUAUAAGUACUGUACCUGUACAGCAAUAAAGCACAAUUGUGUCAAUGCCA